CACUCUUUAGUGCGGAAGCGCGCUUGCGGUUCGGGACAGAACCGAAACCCGGGCUGGAGUGUGCGCUUCCGGUUGGAGAGGAGCAGUGUGUGUGUGAGGAGUUAAGAAGGCCAAGCAGGGGGAAGAAGAGCCAGAAAUGGCUGUGUUCAGUAACAAGCUGAGCUCCUACUCUAUUGCUCAGCUGUCCGAGCUGCUGGAAGAUGAAGAGAAGCUCAACAAGAUAGUGCUGGACCUGGAGGAGGUGCAGGGGGUGCAGCAGAAUAAGGAAACAAUCCUGGCCAGCAACCGGAGCCUGGCUGAGCAGAACCUCAUACUGCAGCCCAGAUUGGACCAUCAGAAAAACGAGCUCACGAAAUGCUACCGCUGCCUCCAGGAACAAUUCGAGGCCUUCCAGCUUCGCAAGUCCACACUAGACCACAAGUCUGGUGCCACAUCCUUGGACACAUUGCUUGCAUUGUUGCAGGCAGAAGGAGCCAAAAUUGAGGAAGAAACUGAGAACAUGGCUGAGUCUUUCCUUGAUGGUGCUGUACCCUUGGAUGGCUUUAUUGAUGAGUACCAGAGCAAGCGCAAACUGGCUCACCUGCGGAGGGUGAAGAUCGAGAAGCUGCAGGAACUGGUGCUGAAAUUGCCGGCAGUUGCCCAGGUCCCUAGUCACACUGAACCAGUCUCCACACCUGCUCCCCUCCAGAGAGAGCCUGACAGUACCCCAGUCCCACAGCCCAGACGAGCCCCUCCACUUCCCCCCAUCAAAAAUCCCAGUGCGCAGUCUCCGCCAGCUCCAGUGAUGGCCUAUCCUGCUGCUCCUUACCCACCAAUCCCACCCAGAGUGCGACAACCCCAGCCUGGGUACCCUUCUCUCUGCAUGCCACAAUACACUCCACCAGUGCCACAGAGAUCUGCCCCUCGGAUGGCUCCUCAACCAGGCUUCAUCUUACAGUGAUUAUCUGACUCUUUCAUCCACUUGGGAAGGAACAAUCUAUGCACUGGAUCUCCAGAUGUGCCUUUCUGAAGGUCUCCCUGCCUGAGAAUAUCACGUCAGGACAUGCUGGAUGUCUGUUUGAAAUGAGGGUUCUCUGGACAGUUCUACAGUUUAAAAAGUAGUGUCAGCAAUGGUACCUUUUGUUUUUUGUUUUAAUUCGCACUUUAGACUUUUCUUCUUCUGGCAUUGGGAUCUAAUACAAGAUGUCUGGCUACCUUGCAUCUCACUCCUGACUUUGUGCUUCUCCUUGGUUGUUUGGCGUAAAUACAUUUCCUGUUAUCAACUCCAGGGUGUUAAGGGCCCAGUGGAAAGCAGAUGGUCUAAAAUAUGGUCAAGCUUUGUGUUUGUGUAUCUUGGCAAUUUUAUGUAACCUCGCACCUUCUGUCUCAUCAGACAUUUCAUAUCGAGAAAAAUUUGAUUCCUCACUGGUAAUGGCAUUUACGAUAAAGCCUAUGCAAACAGACCGAACUGUCUAGCCUGAAUGAGAAGUAAAACCACUCUUUUCCUUUCACAUCCCAGGUUAUAUGCACCAACAUUUAGCCAAAGAUGUGUUUGACUUGGUAGGUUCAGUUCUAGUCCUGGUGCUUGCAUGAAGUUGAAAUUAGGAGUACGUUUCCAGGUAGAUUAUAAGGAAUGAUUACGAAUAUUAUGGUGUCUGUGGAAUGCAUUGGUCUGAAGGAGUGUUUGCCAUAGUGAUGAGUCAUGGACUGGUUUCAUGUUUUGAGACCUAGCCCUCUACUGGCAGAUCCUGAUUGACGGCGUCCUUCAGUUCAAGGCUAGGCUUAAAGGGAUGCGUUGGCCAAACAAGUUUGAAUGGACACCAACAAGUGGCAAAUUGUGUGGGAUUAACCAUCUCGUUACUCUGUUCAAUAGCAGUCCUGUGUGAAUGAAGGACGGAAAAAAGCAGAUCCAUAGUGAUGGGGGAACACCAGCACACCAUUGGGGGGGGGGGGAGUACACAUUUGGUGAAUUAUGGUGCAUGGGUGCAAACUGGGAUGAAUCGCUCACAGUCACUGUGGGAGAUGCGAGUUUCUUGCACUGUCUAUAUUACUGUGUACUAACACUGAAAAGCUAACAUUUUGACAUGUUAAUUAUUUUUAGAAAACAUUAUUGUGCAAACUUUUGAUUCCUGGUAAUUAAGGUGGUGCGCAAGUGCUUGCUUUAACCUAAAUUGAAUACAUCAAUUACAUUUUAGAAAAUUAAUAUUAAACAUAAAACAGUAAAUAUAAAGCUUGCCGCUUUCAUUUACAGCCAUACUAGCAAUGAUUUUAUAAGAGGUUUUAAAAUGUAUAUUUUUGAUGUUUUUGCUUUCAUGACCGCUAAUAAGGAUAACACACGUGGGGGGGAAAACGUGCUUGGGGAAAUGUCUGCUUUAGAAACUUCCACCGGUUUCGAGAUGUUUACACUGCUUCCUAAAAAUACUGUUGAACCAUUUUCUAAAUCAAUUUCUUUACAUCUCAAGAGGAUUAUCAGAAAAGCGUGUGAACACUUUUUCAGAUUGUGUCAGUGCUGUGAACCAGAAUUUUUUUUUUUUAAAUCUAAUGUUAUUUUUGUUUGUACAUGCUCAAAUUUUGCUAAUAAAUUAAGCAGAAUAGUAAUGUAAAGAACUCAACCCAGACAAAGCAUUUCCUGAGGUUGAAUUAAUGUGGUAAAUUCAGCCUGAUUUUGACACCAUUUUGUCAUGGCUGAUAAAUUUCAUUGGGCCAAAAUACGAACAUUGGGAAUGAUGAAAGGAGACACAAUUGAACAGUGAUGCCUCGUGACACCCUGACGAAGUCUAGCAUGUUAGAAUUUUUGUAUUUUCUCGCCUAGUUUGACAGUUGCUCUGACGUGUUCCUUCUGUAGCCAGGAUUGACACUUCCAUGUGGUCUGAUCUUGGCAAUACACAACACCAAACUAUGUUCAGUAUGUGAGUGAACAUGGCUUUUCUUUGUCCUGUGAAGUUGUGGUGGGUUUUUUUUUUUUUUUUUUUGGUUCCUUACCAGUUUCCCAAUGCACACCACCUCUGUGAAACUGGAUAACUUGCAGCAGCCAUCUAAUGCCUGCAGGGUUGGACACCACUGUGGUCUCUUCAAACAUCUAAUCUGUAACUCAAAUGUCUAAAUUUAACAGGCUCUGCAUGUCCAUUUUGCUCCUGCAUGCUAUCAUGUGUAUAAUUACAAGUGUCCUUACUAUAUGCUGAGAUUAUCAUAUUUGGUGCUGCAUGGUCACACAACUUGGGGUUGAACUUGUAUAUCUAUGCCACACAUUCCUAACGCUGGUCCUCUUUGCAAAUUUCAGUGCUUUCUCUGCUCUUAACUCACUCAUUCAACUUAGGAAGGGCCAUUAAUUAGCUUGAGGUGAAACAGGUGCGUUGGGAACAAAGCAUUAAUGGCUGUCUGUCUCUGUGUUGGCCCUGUGAUAGAUUGGGGACCUGUCCACAGUUUACCCUGCCUCUCACCCAGGGUCCAGUUCACUGGUGACCCCCGGUGAAUGAAUGUUGGGAGCAAGAAAACACUAAAAUGUGCAGGGGGUACUCUAAGACCAUGGUCAGAAACCUGAGGUAUAUGCAGAAACUUACUAAUCCAGAUCAGAGGCCGCCUUUUAUGUUCUGAUAGCUGCGGUUCUAUAGACCUGACCUGAGAUUAGCUGUCUUGCCCUAAGACAUGGGGACCUGUGCCUUAAGAUACCCAGUAAAUGCAGGAAUUAAAGUGCCUAGUGGUCUGAAAUGUGAAUUGUGUUAAACAGCCCACUGUAUCAUACUUGCACAGAUGGGAGAGAGCAGCUCAGCUUUCAGUUGGGAGUAUGUGCCAGUCUGCUCCUCUAGAGCAACGUGGCUCAAGUUUUUAUCAGCAGCACUUAUCGUAAUGUUGUUUAAGGUUAUUCGGUACAUGCCUUUCUUGGAAAGGACUGCUCAGUGGUCUUGACUGCAAUGAAACGCUGACAUGGCUGCCAAGCAGUGGCUCGUCAGUAAUCUUAAAUGAGCCAGCAUUUCCCCAGCAUGUGAGUUUUUGUGUAUUUUGUACAUGGUUAUUUUUGAUCUAACAUGGCUGUUUUGUACAGAUGACUGGUCAUGCAUGUAAAAUAUACUGAUCAUUUUAUUGUAUUAGAUUGUUUUAUUCAUUUGGGAAAUGGAUAAAAGUUGUCAGAUUGACCUAUGUCUAUUUUAAGUAUAAUAAAGAGUAUAGUAAAAGA